CCACGCGCACACGCCACCCGUCCGUCAUCCUCGCGCUGGUCGCGGGGGGGGGCGUGGCGGCCCGGUCCCGCCCCGCCAGGAGCCAGCGCGCAGGCGCAGAGCAGCGCGGCCGGCGGGCCCGGCAGGUGCGGUGGCCCCUCUGCGCGGCCCGAGUCCCGGAGCUGCCAUGGAGCGGAUGCUCCGCUGGAGCCUAGUCAGGGCCUGCUGCUCCCUGCUGGCCGCGCUCUGCGCCCUGAGCUGGGCCGCCGCCGAAGCCAGCAGCGGCCGGAGUUGGCUAAAAGCAUACGGCUAUUUGCUUCCCUCUGAAAGCCGAAUGUCUGCCCUGCACUCAGGAAAAGCUAUGCAGUCUGCAGUUGCCACUAUGCAACAAUUUUAUGGGAUCCCAGUAACAGGAGUGUUGGAUCAGACAACUAUUGAAUGGAUGAAGAAGCCUCGAUGUGGAGUUCCUGAUCAUCCCCAUAUAAGCCAUAGCCGAAGGAAUAAACGAUAUGCGUUAACUGGACAAAAAUGGAGACAGAAACAUAUAACAUACAGUGUACACAACCACACCCCCAAGGUUGGAGAGCUUGAUACAAGGAGAGCCAUUCGUCAGGCAUUUGAUGUUUGGCAGAGAGUGACGCCACUAACCUUUGAAGAGGUUCCUUAUCAUGAAGUUAAAAGUGACAGGAAGGAAGCAGAUAUUAUGAUAUUUUUUGCUUCUGGUUUCCAUGGAGACAGUUCUCCAUUUGAUGGAGAAGGUGGAUUCCUAGCCCAUGCUUAUUUUCCUGGACCAGGAAUAGGAGGAGAUACUCACUUCGAUUCAGAUGAGCCAUGGACUUUGGGAAAUUCUAAUCAUGAUGGGAAUGAUCUCUUUCUGGUUGCCGUCCAUGAGCUGGGUCACGCCCUGGGCCUAGAACACUCCAAUGACCCCAGUGCUAUCAUGGCUCCUUUCUACCAGUACAUGGAAACACACAACUUUAAACUCCCACAGGAUGAUCUCCAAGGAAUUCAGAAAAUCUACGGUCCACCUGCUGAGCCACUGGAGCCCACCAGACCUUUACCAACUCUUCCUGUGCGCAGGAUUCAUUCCCCUUCAGAAAGGAAACAUGAAAGACAGCCAAGACCCCCCAGGCCACCUUUAGGUGAUAGGCCAUCAACUCCAGGCAUGAAACCCAACAUCUGUGAUGGCAACUUUAACACUGUGGCUCUGUUUAGAGGAGAAAUGUUUGUUUUCAAGGAUCGUUGGUUUUGGCGUCUGCGCAACAACCGAGUGCAGGAGGGGUAUCCCAUGCAGAUUGAACAGUUCUGGAAAGGCCUCCCUGCAAAGAUUGAUGCUGCUUAUGAGAGAUCUGAUGGGAAAUUUGUUUUCUUUAAAGGAGAUAAAUACUGGGUUUUCAAGGAAGUGACAGCAGAGCCAGGGUACCCGCACGGCCUGGUGGAGCUGGGAAGCUGUCUCCCCCGGGAAGGCAUCGACACAGCUUUGCGAUGGGAGCCAGUAGGAAAAACCUAUUUCUUCAAAGGAGACAAGUACUGGCGCUAUAACGAGGACAAGAGAGCGACUGACCCAGGAUACCCAAAGCCCAUCACUGUGUGGAGGGGAAUCCCACAGGCCCCACAAGGAGCUUUCAUCAGCAAAGAAGGCUUUUAUACCUACUUCUAUAAAGGGAAGGAGUAUUGGAAGUUCGAUAACCAGAGGCUGAGUGUGGAGCCAGGCUACCCUAGGUCAAUCCUCAAAGACUGGAUGGGCUGCAACCAAAAGGAAGUUGAACAAAGCAAAGAGAGACGCUUCCCCCACGAUGAUGUGGAUAUUAUGGUGACAAUCAAUGAUGUGCCUAGCACUGUAAAUGCAAUUGCAGUAGUUAUCCCUUGCAUCUUAUCUCUGUGUAUCCUUGUCUUGGUAUAUACCAUCUUCCAGUUUAAAAACAAAGAAGUGCAGCAAAACGUUACCUAUUACAAACGACCUGUCCAGGAAUGGGUAUGACACAUUCACUUGCACAUUUCAGCUCAGAGCUGCUCAAAUGAGUUCUGAAGUCCAUCAAACAAAACUGUUCAAGUGACUUAUUAUGAGUCGUGGGAGUUCUGGGACUGAAAGAAGCAGGAAAUACAGAGGUGGCCUUGCAGAGUGGAGCCUCUUUCCUUCUUACUGCCUCAGUCAUGUGUCUGUCUUGCUGUGCCAUUCUCCACGGGCCCCCUUGUGCGUGUCAGAGACUGCAAGAGGAAUUUUCUUGAAAUGUUUUUCAGCUGACUUGGGAAACCUUCUUCAGUGCCCUGCCCCAGUGGUCUCUGUUAAACCCAGCAUUCUCCAGUGUAGCUAACCACCUCUAAAUGGACCAGGUUUUUUACAGUUGUCUCAUAAAUGAAUUAAGAUAAUUCAAUCUAUGAAACGGGAGCAAUUCAGUAUCUUAAGGAGAAGACAUGCUGAUGCUGAAUCAUUCUAAAAAAUCUUCUUAGUUUAUUACAAGAACCAGGGAAUUACCUGGAUGCAAUUUUCCAAUACCUGCUGGUCAGAUGUUUUGUACAUUCAUAAUAAUUGAUGCCAUCACUCAGCACAGUUCACAAGGAGGAGGUAAUUCUGUGUAGGCCAGGAGUUCAAGGAACUCUUAACCAGAUAUAGUAAUAGCAACUCCUCAGUUGAGUUAGUCCACAAGACAAAGACCAAAACACUCCCUACUGUUAACACAGCCCUAAAUGCUUUUGUUUUAGGAACCUCUCAUGUAAUGAAUAUUUAAAUGUCAUAUUACCACUAUUUGAAAUUCCCAUC